GGAAGUAUCAAUCUUCAUGAUCAACGAGUGUUGACAAACACAGAGAGACCAUUUUCUUUGAUUAAGUGACACUGAUUUCAGAGGUCAUGUCUUUGCUUGUUGCUAGCAUCGACUUUGGGACAACAUAUUCGGGCUGGGCGUUUUCGUUCAGACAUGAAUUCGAAAGUGACCCUACAAAAGUAUCUGCGAAAAACUGGUCAGGCGGACAACUCGUUUCACAGAAAGGACCUACAUGCGUGUUGAUUCGUCCUGAUGGGAAAACGUUGGAGGAGUUUGGCUACGAAGCCGAGAACAAGUAUGCUGAGCUUGCUAUGGAUGAGUGCCACAAGCCGUGGUACUACUUUCGAAGAUUUAAGAUGAAGUUGUUCAAUCAAGGGAGAGUUGGACGUACACUCAUGCUCGAAGACGAAACCGGAACGAAAAGUCUUCCAGCAAAUAUUGUGUUUUCGGGGGCAAUUAAGUAUUUAAAGAACGAUUUGAUUAAACAAUCCGAGAAAAGAAUAUCAGGAGGUGGACUAACCGACGCUGACAUUAACUGGGUACUGACAGUUCCUGCAAUUUGGGAUGAUGCUGCCAAACAGUUCAUGCGAGAGGCAGCGGAAGAAGCAGGAAUUGCAGGUGACAAACUGACGAUAGCACUUGAGCCUGAAGCAGCAUCAGUGUUUUGUAGACAUUUGCCUGUGGAUACGACCGCAAGUUCAGUCACAUCUUUGGCCUCUUUUAAGGCUGGAACCAAGUAUUUAGUGCUCGACGCGGGAGGGGGGACUGUAGACAUAACGGUACACGAGGUCAGUGAAAGUGGUGAGUUAAAGGAACUGUACAAGGCCAACGGAGGGGCAUGGGGAGGAACAAAGGUGGACGAUGCAUAUGAAAAGUUCUUAGUGAAAAUAACAGGACCUGGUGUAAUGGCCGCAUUCAAGGAAAAUCACAUGGAAGACUAUAUUGACCUGUUUCGCGACUUUGAAAUCAAGAAGAGAGACAUAUCUACGAAGAAGAGUGGCGGAAAGAUUAAUCUUCGCAUGCCGGUAGCAUUGGUUGAAACCGUCAAGGAAGUCAGUGGCAAAACAAUCAAGGAAACCAUUGUGGGGUCAGCGUACAGAGAGCGCAUAAAGCAUCUUGGGGACAAAAUCCGAGUUGACGCCGAUUUAGUCAUUGAGCUGUUUGAGGAACCAGUUACCAGCAUUCUAAACCACGUAUCGACUCUUCUAAAAGAAUCUGCUGUGCGCGGCUGCAACAAGAUUGUAAUGGUUGGUGGAUUUUCGGAAUCGCCAAUAUUGCAAGAACGUGUUAAAGAACGUUUUUCUGGAAUGUCUGUCAUCGUCCCGAACGAAGCAGGGCUCGCUGUGUUGAAAGGCGCGGUGAUAUUCGGACACAGCCCGACUGCUAUCGCCGAAAGGGUAUGCAAGCUGACAUAUGGUUACAAAGCAUCCCAUCUCUACAAAAAGACAUGUUCGCACCCUACAGGAAGAUGUGAAAAAGAUAAAAAUGAAGACCUAAGAUGCUACGACAUUUUCACAAUACAGGCAAAGGCAGGCGAAAAUGUAAAAUUGUCUCAAGAGGGUCCAGAGUCGACAUUUACACCUGUUUCUGCCUCUCAAACCACCAUUGCAUUAGAAAUUUACGCUAGCUUAAAUCCGAAUCCAAGCCAUACGACUGAACAGCGAUGUUCAAAGAUAGGUUAUCUUAACAUACCAAUCGAUGACACUUCACUUGGAAAAGAUCGCGAAUUCGGCAUUCGUUUUAUUUUUGGUGGAACUGAGCUUGAGGUGAAAGUGGAAGACAAAGCAGAUAAGCGAGUGUUUCGAAAAAGGGUGGACUUCCUUGGAUAACAAUGUAAAUGGUUUGCAUGCUCACUGCCAAAAUAUGAUACUUUUUUAUAGCCGUUUUCAAUUAAUUCUACUGAACAUAUUGACAUGCCAAACGCAUGCGUUGGAAUUGACUUAAAUUAUGUUGUAUGAGCAAUAUGCAGAUAAACGGAUUUCAAGACUUAUACACAUGUUUUUACUUGAUUUUGUUGACAUAUGUGAUAGUUAAUUAUUCGUCUUUGAAGUCGAGAUUUGUUUUUUUUUACUUUUUAUAUGUUUUCAUUUCGUACAUACUUGUUGACAUGUAUUGAAAAAAUUCAAUUUUCAAUACCCUAUUAAUAACUGAAUAUUGACCGGAUUGCAUCCCGUUGCCGCCGAUAAACAAAAGGGAGAACACAAUUGUAUACGUUUGAUGUAUUAUCUGCCUCAGACAAAAGGAACUUUCUUUUGAAAUGCAUUCAUUAAACCAUAUUGUACAUACAUGUAGAUUAGUAGUGGCAUGCAUAAAAUACUGUGUUAUAAUUUGUUAUAUUCCAGUUGAUAAAUAAAUAUACCCGUUUGAAAUGUUUA